AUGGCGCAGGGAGCCGCCUCUUCGUCUCGCCCCGCCUCGGCAGCGGCGGCAAACAACACUUCCAAGUCCAAGGCAAAGAUGACGAUGCGGGCCGGGCACGCCACCACCGCUUCCACAUCCCGCACUGGCAAGCCCGCUCAGUCUGGAAAGCCAGGCCGGCGCAACCAGGCACAACCCGACACCGACGACGAGAGCGACCUCGACCAGAUUGACGACGAUGACGAUCUCGACCUCGAAGACGACGCCGACGACGCAGAGCCCAACACCGACGACGAGAUCGAAGCCAGCAAGGCGGCCGCCGGCGGAAAGAGCAAAAAGACUGCCAAGCGAAAGCGGAGGGCCACGUCGCCCACCUCGUUCGGUCUGGCGCUAGAGGGUCUGCUGGGCGCAGCACCCGCAUCAUCGGACGACGAAGACGCCGCCGCCCAGGGCGCCGACGACGACGCCGACGACCACGAGGCGACCGACAAGCCGGCCAAGAAGCGCAAGGCGGCCGGCCCCUCGGCGUCGUCGUCGCAGCCCGCGGCGAUCCUGUCGCUUGCGCCGCACCUGCGACGAUCCGCGCAGUCGGUGCAGCUGAGCGCCCGGGCGUCGAGGAUCGCCAUCGAGGAGAGGAGGGCAAGAGAGGAGCGCGCGCGCGUAAAGGACGUCAUCGGCGGGUGGGGCCCGCCGGGCGUGCUGCCGGCCAUCGAGCUGCCCGGUGCCGACGGUGCGGCGGUCAAGAAGGACGACGAUGACGAGGACAAGAUGGGCGAGUGGGCGCUCCAGGGCGGCAGCGCGGGCUACGAGAGGCGGUUGCGAAAAGUGGCCCAGCGAGGCGUGGUGAAGCUGUUCAACGCGAUCCGGGCUGCGCAGACGACGACCAAGGACGACCUCGAGGAAGCCGAGGAGCAGGCGGCGGGCGGGCCCAAAAUCUCCGGUGGCGCCAAAAAGGCCAACGCGCUGGGCGGCAAGGAGGCGCGGCUGGCGGACCUGAGCAAGAACAACUUCCUCGACCUGAUCCGCAAGGGCACGGGCACGGGCCCGGGCGGCGCGGCAAAGGGCGGCGUGGCGGCCAAGUGA